UCAAAUUUACUUACUGGUUUUGUUUACGUGGAUUUUUCUCGGCAAAUAGUUCAGUUAUUGACAAUAUAUAUUGUGCAAUUUAUGAAAAUUUUUUCCUUCUCGAGAUGUCAUCCAUCAAGUUGCUAGAAGACAGAAUUGCUAAUUUAGAGAAACAAGUGUAUGGACUUGGCAAGAUGAUGAAUAUCGAUGAUCCUGCACCACCAAACGCUAUCAUUGAUCGACUCACAGAUGUCAAUUCAUUAAUCAGCUCAGCAUUGUCAGGCAGAGAAAAACCAAACGCGCUUAUCAAACGUUUGCCAGAAUUAAAUGGUUAUUUGGAGCCUACUUGUGAAGACAUUGAUAUGCCCACGAGUGCUAAAGCACAGCUGUUGUUGACAAUAGAGCCAGAGAUUAUGGAAAACCACCAGCUGUUAAACAAAGUACAGGAACUUAUGCCUGUGUUAGAAUCAGAACGUAUCAAAGAUGCACCCGAAUUAAAUAAAACACUUAACAAAUUAUCACUGUCGUAUCUCGAAACUUACGAGGAUUCCAAAGAACUGGAUGCUCAUGUGCAUGAUCUGCUAUCUAAAUAUAAUGCAGUUAUAAAUAGUAUAUCGGAGUCAUUAAUUAUUUUAGAUAAUGCAGUUACAGCUGCAGAAAUAGCAGCUAAACCGAAGAAACAGACGGAUGAUUAACGAGAUAAUGGU